AUGUUCGGUAUGUAUGGUACCAAACUUGACACCAUACGGAAUAUUCAUAAGAGCGGUAGAGUAGCUAUCUUAGAUGUCGAGCCUCAGGCGCUCAAGGUUCUUAGGACGGCAGAAUAUUCACCCUUCGUGGUUUUCAUAGCUGCACCAAAUCUUCAAGGACUUCAAGAUCCUGACGGAAGCCUUGAAAGACUUUUGCGAGAGUCCGAAAUACUACGUCAAGCCUUUGGUCACUUGUUCGAUUGCGUCAUUGUAAACAAUGACAUUGAUGAGACGAUCGCUCAACUGGAAAACAUUGCUGAAACACUUUCUGUUUGUCCACAAUGGUUGCCUGUUUCAUGGGUUUAUUGA